UCUAAAGCAGGUUACAGAGCUGACAUGUGUUAAAGAUGAAGAGGUCCCUCGACUGGAAUGUGUUCCUAUUAAAGAGGAAUUCAUAGAACAGGAAUGUAUCCCCAUCACAGAGGAAGUUCCUACUGAAAAUAAUGUCUGUACACUUGAGGAGAACAACCAGCUGGGAUCCAGCCUGUGUGAUGAUUGUCCACCUGAAUGUGAACUGGGAUUUAGAGCUUCCACAGUAGAUGAAGGAGAACACGACUCCACUUCAUCACCCCACAGCAAAAAUUCUUCCAGCGGCAAACUGCAGAGCAGGAAAGACAGAGAGAUGACCCAAGAAGAACACAUAAAGAAAUUGAGAACUUGCUCAGUUAAAAUUCAUUAUUUACAAGACAGACCACCACUUACUCUGCAUAAUACAGAGACUGCACAUUCUGUGUGUGUGAACAACUCUGAAACCCGGGGCAACUUGAAGACCUUGCCUUUUUCUGCUAAAGCUGGGAAGAGUUCCCGUCAAUUAGGCUCUCCUAAAACUCCCAAGGGAAGUCACACAGAAGAGACUUCAUUUCCCUGUGCUGAUUGUGGGAAGAGAUUCAAUUGUUUAUCACAUCUGAAAACACACCAGCGUGUUCACACAGGAGAGAAACCUCAUCACUGCACUCAGUGUGGGAAGAGAUUCACACAGUUAGGACAUCUUCAAUCACACCAGCGCAUUCACACAGGAGAGAAACCUUAUAACUGCAAUUACUGUGAGAAGAGCUUCAGUGAAUUAGGAAGUCUUAAAAAACACCAACGAAUUCACACAGGAGAGAAGCCAUAUCACUGUUAUGACUGUGAGAAAAGUUUCACUCAGUUACAACAUUUAAAAGCACACCAACGAAUUCACACUGGAGAGAAACCCUACCACUGUAAUGAAUGUGAGAAGAGUUUCAGUCUGUUAGAAAAUUUAAAAAAACACCAACGAAUUCACACAGGAGAGAAACCAUACCACUGUAAUGAAUGCGAGAAGAGUUUCAGUCAGUUACAAAAUCUUAAAAAACACCAACGAAUUCACACAGGAGAGAAGCCAUAUCACUGUAAUGACUGUGAGAAGAGUUUCAAUCAGUUACAACAUUUAAAAACACACAAGCUGAUUCACACAGGAGAGAAACCACACCACUGUAAUGAAUGUGAGAAGAGUUUCAGUCAGUUACAAAAUCUCAAAAAACACCAACGAAUUCACGCAGCAGUGAAACCCUGAAUGCUGGGAAAGGUUUAAUCUGGUGGAACACAUUAAAAACCAGAACACAUUAGCAAGACAAAAAACCCUGUCACUGAAGAGAUUAAUGUGAUUAAUAUAUAUAUAUAAUAUGUGUAAUGCAUUUAAAGUUAAAAAUCCUUUAACAAACAAGCCUCUCUUAUAAAAAAAAAAAACACAUUCCUUCACAAAGACACCACAGAAGUGUUUAUUGCACAGUCUGCGUUUACACUUUGAAACAGACAAGAGGAUAACAUCCCGGUCAGACAUCAGAGCUUAAAAACCAACGCAGUGUGAGAUACUGUUUCACACCCUCGCUGGUAAGAGAGAGAGGCAUGCUGAGAUGUUUAACUCGUGGGAGGUGUUGCUUUCAGAUAUCCCACUGACUGAGACUGCAAUCAUUAAUUCAGCAAUAAACAUCUAUUGAUGGGGACCGUGCCAGGACUUGCAUGUCUUUGUUUCAUAUGAUUGUCUGUCACGUGUCCUCCCAUCUGCUGGUAAUAAAAGCCAUGCACCUUCCACAGAGGAGGGUGAAUCUUGGGGUUCCAGACGCAUACAAAACACAGCAUGGCAAAACAUUACCAAUAGAAACAAAAUGAAUAGACUUGAAUAAAAUGUAUUUAAACAAAUACAAUUACACACUGGAGCAUACCAGUACUUUACAUAAAAGUUUAUGGAACCCAAACCAAAAAGAAAAAACAAUAUCGUAGGUACACGAUAGAGAGUUAGGGGUGUAGUGUUUUGGAUUGUCAAGCAGAAACUAGUGUAGCUCUUGCUGUAGCUUUGCCGUUUUGGGGAUAGCCAUGGGAUCAACUCAUCUUCCUCACCGAAGCCCUGCCUGGAUCAGAUGACCGCGAGUGUUUAGUUGUCUUGCUGAUUGAAGAGAAAGAGAUGCAUAAUUAAGAAAUUAAUAUAUACAUUAUACAUCAUUGCAAAAAACUACGUUAACACAGUAGUUUGGGUUGAUUUCAUCACCACAAAAGCAAGGAAAUGUGGCGUUAGGGUUUUUAACCCUACAUAGUAAAUCAAGCAAAAUAGCAAAACACUGCUGAUGGUUUGUAUUUACAUAGUUUUUUAAAUCUGUGAUGCAGGUAAACAAAAAAAAUGAAGUGUCUCUUAAGGUGGGUUCACACUAGACAACAUAAGUGACUUCAUGUGAUGCAGUAGCCCUUUAUUUCAGUUUAAACAGGUUUUAACAGACUAGACAAAAUUAUGCGUAUAACCCCGCCCCCCGCGACGAGCAUUCCGCUGAACAGUUUCCAAAUGUUGGCAAGUAUGAAUGAGCAAUAUGUUAAAUCCUUGCUCUCCCUUCGUGCGGCUGACACAUCUGAAGAUCACUAUCUUAUACAAAGAUAAGAACGCUUCUAUGUCUGUUUUUACUGUCAUGAUGGUCGUGUAUGUGUUGAGUUGGGGGGGAUACGUCUAUUAUAUGAUACUGGUUUUUUUUUUGUUUAUGACUCCUCUCAUCUGUAUGAUGCAUGAGAGGAGUCACACACCUCGGAGACGAGUGUCCAGUGAACAGUUUCCAAAUGUUGGCAAGUAUGUGUUUUGUAUUUUAGUUGUUUUCACAGACUAGUAAAAUUGGAUGCUCUGCUGCGCUUCUGAAAAUAUUGUCAAACAACACUUAUCAAGCCAUUAAAAUGUACAUUGUUAAAACUGCAAAUACAUCAACAAAAACAAAACACGCAUCAAAGCCAUUUGAUAUGCAUUCUGGGAGCUGUAGUUCAAACUGGAGAGCGUGUCUAUGUGAUUGCAUUGUUUCAAGGAUCCCUGGAACUACAGAUUCCACAGUGGCCUGACGACCCUUGAGCAACUUUGCUGACCCAAUCAGCAAACAGUUUGUGUAACAAGGGGCGGGAUUCCAUGCGGAGAGGAUUUCAAAAAGUCCCGGAUGCUAGCCUGCAACAACAAUAAUGAGAAGAAAGGAAAACAAAUAAAAUUGCAGGUAACAGGCAAGAAUAAAGCUGGUACAGACGAGUAGGAAAGGUGGACAAAACAGGCAAGUAUACAGAUAGUACAGGUAAGCUGGUAAAUGGAAAACAGAAGGCCAACAAGUAACACAAAGGAGAAAUGGGUGGAGUGUCCGGUGAGCCUCAAAUAAACCCACACGACACUGAAAAAGGAAAAUUAAAUGAUCACAGAUGGUAACAAUAAAACAACAGUUUGGAUGACAAUGGAUGGUUCCUGAAAGUUAGGUCAGCAGAGCAGCGAUGGAACUGAAAACCAGUGGAUAUUUGAAUGUGCCAAUGGGGACAGAGGAUGAACAUAGGGUGGUUGCAAGGAACUGUGGGAAAUGAAGUUUUCACCUGGCCAGGCUACUGACCUAAGGGACAGGUGGGUGAGACUUACACCUACAUUAUGUACUAUGGGAAUUGCUAAAAACUUACCAAGAAAAUGUUAUAGAUGUGACAUUUAGUUUUAUAAACACAAUUUUGAAUCACUGUAAAGUAGUUUACAUUAUCCAAAGACAAUGUAAUAUUAGUAACGUGGUAUUACAUACUCAAAAUGUGACAUAUUAACACAUGUGUAACUAAAACAUGUAUCCUACCAUUGAUACCUACAAUGUACAGAAAUCAGACUACUGAAAAUAGUUUUUUUAACAGUAAUUUUAAAUGGCUGUAAAGAAAAGGCAGAAAUUGAACAAAAAUAAUAGAACAUGCAUAAACAUAUACACCCUUUUAGUGGAAGAUAUAUUUUGAUCUACUUUCUUUCAUGACCAUAGUCACUUUAUCAUGGAAUUGUCCUAAAGCAGAAUAUGGGGAUGAUUUGUUCAGUGAGUUGCACACUACAAUUUAAGACAGUGUCCCUUUGUGUGUCCCCUAGAUGUGACCUGAAAUAAAACACUUAAAACAAAAUUCAUUAUUUGAAUUAAAACUCCAAAAGGGGCAUUUUCAAGAUAUGCACCUUUGGCAUUCAUUCUCAGGUUAGUGAGGAAAAU